AUGUGUGACAACACCUUGAAGAUACGCAUCAAUAGUCUUGUCAUCUUUCUUCCAGUGUUUGAGUUGCGUCUUAAGUUGACGGAUGUGACCACGACUUGGUUUAGCAUAAGUGGAGGACAGGGUUGUCCAAACUUCAGCAGACGUAGUGGCACGGGAGACAAUCGAUUGGAGAGGAGUGGAAAUGGCACCAAUGAGAGAACUAUAGAUAAGUCGAUCUUGGCGUUUUCAGAUCGUGUACGCUGGGUUCACCGUGAGAUCAUCACCGGUGGUGAGCAUGACAGGAGGAGCAACGACGGAGCCAUCAAGAUAACCGGCCAGGUCAUAGCCAUCAAGCAAGGCGUGGACCUGAAGACUCCACAUGAGGUAGUUGACGGCGGUGAGUUUGGUGACGCUGGUCAUGUUGAUGGAGAUGAGAGUUUGGUUGUUGGUGACAUUGACGGCUUCAGUAACCGUAGGAGGAGAGGUGUUGUUAGAGGAAGACAUGGCGGCAUUGCUGCUUCCGCAGCCGUAUUCACUCUACAGAACAAUUGCCCUUACACCGUCUGGCCCGGAACUUUGGCCAGCAAAGGCAUCACCCUCGGCGACGGCGGAUUUGAGUUGACUCAAGGCGCUUCUAAACAGCUCACGGCUCCUGAUGGAUGGUCAGGCAGGUUUUGGGCUCGUACAGGCUGCAACUUUGACGGCUCCGGCAACGGUAAGUGUGACACUGGAGACUGCACCGGAGGUUUGAAAUGUACCGGCACGGGAUUUCCACCAGUCACUCUGGCUGAAUUCACACUCGUAGGCGAUGCCGGCCAGGAUUUCUACGACGUCAGCCUCGUGGACGGUUACAAUGUGAAGCUAGGGAUAAAGCCUUCCACAGAUUGCAAAUACGCUGCCUGUGCCUCCGACCUCAACGCAGAUUGCCCUGACGAGCUUAAGGUCACGGGUCAACAGAACAAUGUCGUGGCGUGCAAGAGCGCCUGCACCGCGUUUACCAAAGAGGAAUAUUGCUGCACCGGAGCUCACGACAAGGCGGAAACUUGUCCUCCCACGAAUUACUCGAUGAUUUUUAAGAAAGCUUGCCCUGACGCCUAUAGCUACGCUUAUGACGACGUAACGAGCCUCUUCACCUGUACCGGAGCUGACUACACGAUCACUUUCUGCCCAUAA